AAGCACGAUAGUUGUUUUCUUCUGGACAGGGGAGUGGAAUUUAUUUUAUUUAAUUGGCUAGGACAUGGAAUAGAGACUUCUUUCACGUUUUUUACUCCGUCCGAUUGAGGUGACCCGUAGCUUCCUGGAAACACCUACCUGCCUCGUGUGGAAUACGUGAUGCCUGAAACUGGGUGGGUGAGUGGUUAACGAGUUAACCCUAGCUCUUCUUGUGCACUAAUGGGUUGGACAUGCACCAAUUUGCAUGUGGGUGUUUUGUAACGAAGGAUCCCAUUGGCAUAUUCUCUUGAGGAAAUGAAGCGCUAAAGAUGGCAUUAGAGACCUCGUCUGGAAUGACGGAAGAGGAAGCUCCAUCCAAGCUACCAACCGACCAUGUUCAUGGAAAUGAGCUGCCUGCAAGUUUAUUGCUACUAUAGGCCAAAUGAGAGGCACCCUCCACGAAAUUUAAUUAAAUGAUUUCGAUCUUUCCACAUGCGGCCCAGCUCCACUUCUCCACUUUCCACGAAAAAAAAAAUUAAAAAUAAAAUCCCCACGUGUUCGACAUGAAAUAUUUGAAAAAUCUUCUCUCUCUAUGUACCAUUUCUACUUAGUUUGUGCUGCCAGUCUUCAUUCUUGGCACUCUCUCCUCUUUCCAUCUUUCUAUCAUCACCGGCAUCAUCAAUGGCCUCUACUAGCUCUCUCAAGCCAAUCUCUUCUCUCAAACUCUCUAACCCAGGAUCCCAAUCUCGCUUCCAAUCCCAACAACAAUUGGGUUUCGCUCACUCACAAGCCUUUGCAAUUCAACACCUCAAACUCUCCAAAGAAACUCGUGAUCAAGAUCGUUUCUCAACAAAAAGAAGCUCCAGGGACUUCACCACCAGAGCUUUCUUCUUCAACAAGAAGCCUAGGCCCUCUCCAGUAUCUCCAAAACCAGCUAAAGUUCAAGAGCUGCAUGUGUAUGAAAUCAACGAGCGAGACAGAGGCAGCCCAGCCUUUUUAAAACUGAGUCAAAAGCCCCAAAACUCUCUCGGUGACCUUGUGCCUUUCUCCAACAAGCUUUACUCUGGAGACUUACAGAAACGGCUAGGUAUAACUUCUGGUCUCUGUGUACUGAUCCAAAACGUGCCAGAAAAGAAAGGUGACAGAUAUGAGGCAAUAUACAGCUUCUACUUUGGUGAUUAUGGUCAUAUAUCAGUACAAGGAGCAUACCUGACCUAUGAGGAUACCUACCUAGCUGUGACUGGUGGGUCUGGGAUCUUUGAGGGUGUGUAUGGACAGGUCAAGUUGCAGCAACUUGUGUUUCCUUUCAAGUUGUUUUACACUUUCUAUUUGAAGGGAAUUCCUGAUUUGCCAGCUGAACUUCUGGGACAGCCAGUGACCCCAUCGCCGAGUGUGGAACCGGCUCCUGCUGCCAAGGCCACGGAACCUCUUGGGAUUAUCCAGAACUUCACUAAUUGAUCCAUUUUGUUUAUUUUGUAGCUUAAUUUCUUUUUGCCAUUUUCUUUCCAGUCAAUGUUUGUUCCUCGCCGGAGAAAUUAAUUCUCAACGAUGUACUCGGGGGGGUGGGGAGGGGGGGUGUUGUUGGGAUUGUUUGUUUCUGUAAUGUUGUCGUUAUUUUAAAUUAGUAUCUUUUUUAUAUUA